AUGAAGUUGAAGUUAAUAGUGAAUGGUUGCGAAGCACCAGAUGACUAUAAAUUAUUGAGAACUACUAUCAAUACGGUAGCCUCAUUGAGAAAGACAGCUAUUUUAAGAUUCAAUAGCGAAAGGUUGACCAUAAUAUCCACUCCCAAAUCGUCACUGAAUAGUAGUAGCAAUGGUACAAUACUACGCGGAGACACUGGACAACUAUGGUGUACUAUUCCUCAGGAUGUGUUUAGACUGUAUACAGUCAUAUCCGCUCGCGAACUAAAUACAAUAACAAUGGAGUGCAAUUGUGACUCUUUAUUGAGUGUUUUCAAAAGAUACGACCGCGUAAUGAAUCAAGGAUCCUCUUCUAAUAUGACUAUAAAGCUGCAGUCAAUGCCUGAAUGGAAUACAAAUAACGGAACACUUUCAGGAGGAACAGCCGGAGGUGUGGAUACAACAUCAAAACCAAACCCUAUUUGUGCAUUGGGUGUAACUUUUGAAGAAAUUGUUCAUACUGGCGGUCCCAAUGAUGCUGUGGUCAUGAAUGGGGGAAUAGAUGAUCAAAAUGGCUUGCCGACGACAGUAGCGACAGGAAAUUUACUUGCAAGUAACAAGGUUAUUAUGCACUCGUUUAAGGUGCCAGUAAAAUUAUUGUUUCGUGCUCAGGACACGCGAAUACAGGAGCCCAUGAUCAACUAUAUUCAGUUAAUGAUGUACAAACUGCCGCCGAUUUCUGGUGAGUUCGGUUCUGCCUUUCAUGGGUUUAUAAGACGUGUCGAACGGUAUACUAACGUUAAUCACAUUCAUUUAACUGGAAUCAAGAAGAAAAAGCAGGGCGACGAGGGAGAUGAUGUGGAGUUGAAAAUAAUUGUGAAUGAGUUAGAUUGGCAUUUGGAAAUAUGUUGGAAUGGACCCUUAGACUCAGUGAUACAACAACAAGAGAGUAGUUCUGCCAAUCCUUCCCAAAAUCAUAAUAUGGACAUCCAUCCUGAGCAUGAACAAGAAUCUCUUCCCAUGAUUGAUACUGACAAACCGAUGUCUUCGCUAUAUACCAAUACUAGAGAUAGAGAGAUAGAGGAGAAUGCUCGUUAUGAUGAAGACCUGUUGAGGAUUGAAGACAGUGAAAUUGCUGAUACGCGAAAUAAUUACACUACUGACAACAGCGACGAUACAAGAUUCAAUGAUGUGUCUGUAAUGGUAGAAAAGGCGGAACAAGAGAGUUCGUCCACUCAUGAAGUAAUUAUCCGCUGCAAAGAUUGGAAAGUCUGUUCCAAACUAUACGCAGCGUUCGAGGAAGUUGUUUUGGCAAUUUCUCACGACGAAUCUUGUGUAUUCCAUUGUUCGCUGGACCGUGGUAGUUUGGAGGACAGCGAGGACGUGGAAAAGCCAAGGGAAAGAGGUCAGAUCAUAUAUUACAUGGCAAGAUCAAAAGGUUUGUGA